AUGAUAAUAAUCAAUGUCGCAACGUUUCCUUUUACCAUUGUGUUGAAUCUGUUGGUGAUGAUCGCUGUCAAAACCAGGGUGAGGCUACAAAGUAUGUCAAACAUCCUAUUGGCUUGCCUGGCAUCUACUGAUGUUAUGGUCGGUUUAGUUGUCCAGCCUCUUCGUGUUGCCCUUUUUAUAACACUCCUAAAAGACGAUACCACAAGCGGUGGUUGCUUAGUACAUGUCUUGGCAGCAGUUUUCUCGUUGAUCUUGUACCUCGUUUCAGUUGAGCAUCUAUUACUAAUGACCAUAGAUCGAUACUUCGCCAUUAUGCGUCCCUAUAGUUACGAUCGAACUGUCACCAAAGCUCGCGUGAUAAGUGGUUCUUGUCUUUCAUGGAUCUUGAUUGCGGCUAAACAAAUUUUAUGGCUUCUUAACCGAGACCUUUUUAUAAUUGUCAAUAGCGUUAUCUUACUUUUACUUCUGGUGGGCAUUGUUGUCUGUAAUGUGAUACUGUACUUUGAGGUUCGACGACAUGAAAAGCAAAUAGCAGACCAGCAAGUUUCAUUGGAGGCAAGAGAAAACUUUUUAAAGCAAAAGCGAGCUUUUAAACUGACAGUGAGUGUUGUUGCACUGUUGUUUAUCAGUUAUCUGCCCAUUUUUAUUUUCAGAGCAGUUAAGGAGCCCUUAAAAAACAACAUUUCUUUAGGUACAUUUUGUGCUCUUUAUCUUAUCCCUGGUUCCUUGGCAGCUUUAAACUCUCUUAUGAAUCCCUUCAUUUAUAGUAUUAGAUCAAGGCAAUUUCGUAUAGCAUUUAUUGAACUGAUGAUGAGUAAAAGCUACAGCGAAGCUAACGAAUUCGAAAAGAAAUUUUUUGGUUCAAAUGCUGUGGCUAAUGGAGCAUCCCAAAGCAGUGCAACUAGACGUACGACAGAAAAGCAGGAGGGGACAGGAGCGGAACAUUAUGUCAACCAAAACGAUAUGAACAUAAUAGAUGGUGAAGCAAACCAGGGAGACAACAGAGAGGAGUUACACUUUGUCAACUGAGGCGAUACUAUAGCAAAACAGAUGUUAGAAAAUUCAGGCCUAAGCUGGUUAAAAGUUGGAUAGUGCUAUCCAGCGGAUAAAUCACUACUCAGUGGUUAAGUAUUAGGAAAACCAAAUUGUCUUUUCCACUGGAUAGCGGUGUAUCUAGUGGAUAGCACUCUUACCUUUUUGUGUAACUGGGGCCAGGGAGGGGAGAGAUAGGAACGUGAUUUUAACUACAUCAGUUCUAUCCUCGACAUAAAAACAUUAGACAUGGAGAAAAAUCAAAUCGUGUAAUUAUCAAGGAGAACAAUAGCAAAAUAACAUGAGAAUGAUGGUGUAAACCCGGCCAGCCGAGAGGUCAUCAUAGAUGUUGAAACAAACCAAGGAGAGGAGAAACUAUAGAGAAACUUAGCUUAGAUGAACAAAAGAGGAGUAGAACAACCACACAAUCCGAUGAAAGCCCAUUCAGUCGAUUGGGACAAACUAGACUUUGUAAUACAAAGGAGUGUAGUUAGUGCAAAGAGAUCAACGUGUUGCGGAGUCCGCGGACACUUUAAUAGCCUAUGACAUGACCUCUACUUAGCCUUACCGUCAAAUGUAUAUAGCUGAGGGAAAAUCUUUCUGCUAAAAGGGGAAACCUAAACUAAAGCACACAUAAAAUAUACAGAAAACUAAAGGGCGCUAACUAUUUGUCAGAACUGCCCCGUUAGACCAGUCCAGUCGUCAGAAGAAUAUCCAUUAUUAAUCAGAACUAUCACGCCAGGUCACUAAAUUCCUAAAUGGUAUGCAAAGCAGUGAAGAAUUUUAACCAGAGGAUUCAAAGCAAUUCAAAUUUCGAUUUCCACACUUCUCACGGCGCGGGCUGUCACCCACCCCACCCUAAGAAGAUUUUAUUAAUAAAAUACUUUCCAUAGUCCUUGAACCUUCUUUAGUACACUGGACAAAACUGUUCUGGAUUGACGUUUUAUUAUACAAAAAUAAAACCAGCCAAGUAACCUCAAUUAUUUAUGCUUUUUUUGCUUUCGAACUUUAUCAAAUUUCACACAUGGAAAAAAUAUUCUCAUGUUGAUCACGCAAGGAGGACUUGCGUUACGGCGUAUCCAAACAUGGUAACGAAAUCACAAAGGUUUGCAAAAUCAACGUGAUUUCUUGGAAAAGAGAAUCACAAAACGAAGUGUUGUUAUGUUAAAAAUAUCGUGACGUGUUUGUGGAUGUUUUGAAAAGAAUUCGACUGAAAACGAAGUGUUGUCAAAGGAUAACAGUGCUGCAUGUCAAUAACUCGCUCCGAGUUGUCUUCGCUGCACGACAACACUUCGUUUUUAGUGAAAGUAUUUGAUUUGUUUUUCAUAGAAAUCACGUGAUUUUGCGUACCUUUGUGAUUUCGUUAAGUUUGGAUACACCGUAACGCAAGUCCUCCUUUCGUGAUCAACAUGAAAAUGUUUUUCCAUUUGUGGAUUUUAAUAACGUUUAAAGUACAAAAAUAUCAUUAAGGUUCCGUGGCUUAUUUUAUUUUUGUAUAGUAAUUCGUCAAUGGUGAACUGGUCUUGUUUUUGCAUACAAAGAUUUGAGCAUGUUUUCUUUGGGAAGAUUUGUUGCAUGAUCAUCAUUAUCAUCAUCAUCAUCAUCAUCAUUAUCAUUAUCGUCAUCAUUAUUAUUAUUAUUAUUAUUAUUAUUACAAGGGAUACCGGUGAAAGAAAAUUAUAAUUAUUUUACACUAUAUAGGGUCAUAUAAAGCUUGACGUUUAAACCUUAAAAUAACUUAAUUAAAAAGGGUUAGCUUUUUCGUCCUUCCUCGUCGAUAUUUACAUGUAUACAGCGAAGUAACGGUUCGAGGUUGUCCGCUAUAGUGAAAAGUGAUUCCCUCCCCCCCCCCCCCUCCCUAUCUGAAGGUCUUGAUCCGCCAAUGAGUACAAUGUAAUAGUCUGGGACAACAGGCUUCCUGGUCAUCACUGUGCUAUCUUUGUAGUACCAGGGUAUCCAUAUGCCUUGAGGAUGAAAAUUGACUGCUCUUAUUUAUAUACAAAUCAUAUCAACACACAGUUGAUAAUGAAGGGUCCUCAUUAGCGCGGGUUGACUGUCUAUGAGAAUCUGUUGAUUGGGCAAGAAACAAGCGUCCGUUGUCCUCAUGAACGGGUGUCCGUAUUAAACGGGUUGGAUUUAGAGAGUGUAACGGCCUUCCCCAGGCACAAAAGAAAACUGUCCGUGAUAAGCGGCUGUCCGUAAAGCGGGGUUCGACUGUAUUGAAUGAGGCUGAGUAUGGUGUGAAGAGUUGAGCAGAUCGAGGAGACUGUUAUCCACCGAGGAGAAGACCAAGGUGGGUAACAGCCUCCAAGAUCACUGCAUAACUCUUCACAUUACACGAAAGCCGAAUUCAAUAAUUGUUUUAUUACUCGUUCAAAAUAUUUCAAAGUUCUUAACAGGCUUACCUCCUCGUAGACUUUUUUCGAAACUUAAGCCUAUUUCUCGGCACGGACUCAGGAUAUAAAUAGAUCGUUUUUUUUCCUGCAGAUACUCCUCAAAAAAUAGAUAACAUCCAUCGAUAUGUCUUGCGUAUUAUUGCAUCUCUUCCGUUCAAUUUUAGUCAGAAAUUCAGCUAUACCUCUUCGGAUGACCGUGAUCGCUAUUUUUUUUAGUUCACUCGUCAGUGAAUAAACUGCUAGGCGGGCGCACCUGGAAAGGGUGUUGAUCGAUGGUCUACCGCCCAUGUACCCUCGUUUGCAGGCAAAUAUACCAUCGAUCAACCUCGUUUCUUAGCCAAUACACCAUUGACUCGAUGGUAAAUUACCUGCAUCUUCCAAAUUUGGUCAACGCCGAUUGGUUAUGAAGAAUUACCAGGGGGGCUUUGAACCAAUCAAAAACGACGAAGUAUUUUAUUUGGAUGAAUAAUAAUAACGGAGGGUUCAAAAGUCUUAAGCGAUUCUGGCCUUACUUGAUGGCUUUUUAAUUAUAUUGCAUUUUAUAUUUGUUUAUUUGUUUGUUUGUUUUUUUCUGGAUUAAUUAAGUCGAGCGUUGUUUAUGCCGUUUUACGCACGUUGGUAAGAUUUGAGACAAUGAUCUAACCUAGUACAAAACUGAACAAGUCUUUAGACAUUUUCUGACCGCGACUAGAAAGAAAACGUGUUAAAGAAUAUUUAGUCAUAUUCUUGCCUCGAGUUCAUAUUGAAAAAUAGCAAACACGGCGAUUUUAUUUUAACAGGGACACGUCACUCUCUAUACAUGUCUUCGUGAAUCAAAAAUUCUGUCCAUUUAAAUUUUUCAUUGAAUUAUAUUUCUUGUCUUCAUUGUUUGACAAGGUCUCUUUCUUAUCGCUUUGCCGGUUGUUUUCAGUCGUACAUGAACGUAGCAUGCAGGAGUACUCAAAAUGCCGCGCGUUUCAAGUGGUUCUAAUGAUUAUGGUGUUUUAGAAGUAAAAUGCAAACGAGAAUGACUCCAAAACCUCUUCCUACUAGGACAAAUAAGUACUUAUUUUAUUUUGAAGCACAACUCUAUUACCGCGUACAAACUGUUCAUUAGCUUUCAUUCAAACACCCGACAGCUCGCUUGCAAGUUUGGCGCUUUGCAAAAUUCAGAAGUGGUUGGCCGGACGAGUGAUUUUGGAAAUUGGAGAAAAUAAGAUUUUUUGAAAGUUUUUGCUAAAGCCUAUUAUUACCCUGCGUACUACAUAAUGGCACAUUGACCUGACUGAACAGUACCGUCCAAAAGUGAAUUCUCUAUAUGAAAAUGUCUUAUGUUGUUGUCAUUUUACAAUUCGUUUUGCAAGGGAAGCGCGGGCUUUGAUCGUCCUGAAUAUUGAAUGAGUGCAAUUUGUUUUGUAAGAAACUGCAAAAUUAUAAGUAAAAUAGAGCAAAAAUGACAUAACCUCCGUCCGAAGUCUGAACUAAAAACAAACAACGCCUGAUAGUUCUGUUUACCUCAGAGGUGAUGUAAAAUUAGGCUGGUUUACGUGCUACCAGAUUUGUAAAGUAAACUCGUAGUAAGUCACACAAGAAAAAUCCGUCCUGAUUUUUCGUUUUAGCCUUUCCUUUAGACAGAGAAAUAAAAUCGUUAAGUAAUAACGUGUAAAUUGGCUGCCACUGAGGACUCUCGCGUCUCAAUUAUAGCAUAAAACUAUAUUUCGGGAUUGUCCGAUUACCCUUAUAAUAUACUUAGGUGGUGUAGGUGGGCAAAUAGGUUAUUUUGCUUGGGAAGAAUUUGUUUUCCACGCCUAAACUAACCCUUGCACUGUUUGCAGAAUUAUGUUUUCUCUAAAAUCAUCAAGUCCCACCCUUUAAAGUCGUAUGGAUCUCUCCAGUUAACUGAUUUGUGGAUAAUUUACAAGUUUUAUUGUUUGAUUUAAUAUAUAUAAAAUUUAUUAAACUGGGGCUCAGCGUUUUAAGCCCUGGCUAAAUCUAUAUGCAAUCCGAAGGAAUUACUUUAAUAAGUGGUCCAUAUGAGUUUGGGACACCUGUAAUAUAAAUGGCCCUAUUAUGAAUCAUUUCCAUACUCACAAACAAUGAAAAUUUAAAUUUAAACUAAGGAUAAAGAUAAGCCACAGCAUACACGGUCACACAUCCAUGUGUGACCAAGCCAUUUUUGCAAUAAAGGCAUGCACUAACAACUGAAAUCUCCCGUAAGCAACCAGCCAAUCAUGGCAUUUUAGUGGUUUAAUAGAAUUCACUAUUCUGAGAAAUUUAGAAUUCUAAAACUAACCAUCCGUAGAAAAAAAUCGAGAAAAUCGGGAAAGCCGAAAUAAAUUUCUCAAAGCAAAUGUAAUUUGUUUGUUUACCAGUACGAUUAUGGGAUUAACACUAAUUUAAAGAGCUCUCAAAAACUUGUUUCAAAGUGUUCGUACGGUACGUUCGAAUUGUAACUUAAAAGUGUUGGUUUUUGAGGAGAGGGAAAAACUGCGUAAUGCCCUGAGAAAAGCAACUGACUCAGUGCAAGAGAGAGAACCAACAGAAAACCUCACGUCCCAGUCAAACGUACGGCAUUUACGCCGAUCUAGAUUUGAACCCUCAAGGCGCGACCUUUGCUUUUCUGAUUAAAUGUACUUGAUUCCAAUUCCAACAGACUACUUUGCGAGAAUAAAAAAGUUUAGUUUACCUCUGUCCAAAGACAAGCAAAUAUAUCACUGUUCUAGCUCCUUACGUUUGGCCUCACGCGUCCUGUUGUAAUUAAUUCUAUUUUAACUGAUAAAGAAAUUUUUAUUGCUACGUUUUGCAGUGAUUACUGUUGAUUUCAAUGAAGUAAAAUAAGUAAUGGUAAUCCAGCUAUUGAUCCAAAAUAAUAGAGUCGGCCCUAUUAUAUUGCUCUGGUAUCGUUCUAUACUUACUAAUUUUUUUCACACACACAUUCAUUUGGACCUGCAGUAUUAACGACCGGUCAAAAAUGCAAUGUUUGUGUAGUCGCCUUUAGGGGAUAGUCGCUUACUCGAGGGCUUUAUAGUCUUCUGACUGGACAUAAAUUUCUUUCAGUACGUUGUCACACGCGACGGUUCGACAGGCUUUAUUAAAAUAGUACUUUCAAGUACAAUUUGCCGCCCAUCAAGUCAGAUCACAUCUUAAUUCUUUUUUAAGUAUGGAUGUAUUAAUGCCCAUCUGUCUUAAAUUUUAAGUUCUCACCAUAAUUAUAUAUAAAGUCCUUACUGUAAGAAAAGUUUUUCUCAUAUAAUAAAUACUCAGUCUUGUACGAUUUUGCUAUCAGCAUUUUCAUCCCGUCAGACAUCAGUGCUAUUUACGAGGGAAAACUAUCAAUACCAUUCUCCAGUUUUACGACUGAACGUCGCAGGAGGUAAGGUUGUACAAAUAAGAAAAAUAUCUACUUAGUACGGAUUCUAUUUAAUACUACAGGAAUUAGUUUCAAAAUUUUAUCUCUAAAAAUGACUGUUUUUGGCCUUGUUUUGUUUUUGAACUUUCGUUUUUUCGAAGCAUAUAAACAAACCGAUAUCCUCAGUUAUUGUCCUGACUGAUUUUGUCGUAAAUUAUUCCUGAAAAACCGCGAGGGGAUGGAUAAGAAAUAUUACUUUUAUCAUUUUAUAUGUCAGUUCGAUCGAUCACUGUUCAAAACUCGUGAUCCCGAAAGCAAACAGAAAACAUUCAUAGUUAAAAAAUUUAUCUCACUGCUAUAUCAAUCGAACUUGCUCAAAGCUUACAGAGGAAUUGUCGUAAGCCUUUGAAAUCCAGUGUCUCCGGAAUCAGAGCGCAAAAAGAUCAUAAAACAGCUACUCCGUUUGAUAAAACAGAAGUAAAAAAUAAAUAGAGUCAGAUAUAAUAUAACCGUUACGGCUCUUACUUCGGUCGAAAUAAUCCUCUGUUGAUAUUUGCUCUUUUUCGGUAUUUUUUCUUCAGAUGAAAGGUCAUGUUCAGACUUUUGUUUUGACCAGAAAUGCUUGAACGGAGGGGAUCGAUCCGGUGUCUGUAACCAGCUCAUUUUGUAAUUUCGGACAUAACAUGCAAGCGGGACUUUGCACACUGCUUCAAAACCCAAAAGGAAUUCUACGCCCCAAUCCAUUGUUCAUGUACAGCAAAGAGAAAAAAGUCCAUCGAUCGAGAUUUAUACAUUUUAAAGCUUUCACUUCAGGUGUUUGAGAGAAGAAAAUCAUUUCCAAAGCAAAUCGACUAUACUGAAUAUUUUAUUCACCGCGCUAUCUUAAACCUUACAAACAAGACCACGCGAUGACUUCUGACAAAAUAUUCGCAGACGUUAAGAUCUUCUCUAAAUAUAGAACUUAUCUCUCUAUUUCUGCCUUCUAGGUGCGUCAUUUUUGCUAAAAUUGAAACUUAAAUCGACGAUUAAGCUGGGUGAUACAUGAUGGCAGUGUCCAGUAUUUAUUUACUAAAAAUUACCGGUAGAUUCGCUAUGAUACAGACCACCUUUUUUAUAUUCCUGUAAACUUUGCUUUUAAUCUACCACAUUAUGUUACUAGCUUUAUGCACGACACAGGUAAAAAAGAGAGUAAAAAAGAGAUUGUAACUGAAAAAGAAAAAAAAAAAAAGGUUAUAAGAAAUUUGCUUCAAGGGGAUUCGAACCCUCAGAAUCAGUAAUAACUAAAAGUUAAGGCCUCUCUACACUGGACCACAUUGGUAAACGCUGAUAUUUCGAGUUUAAAAGAGGUAUAUAUUCCUUCUCUACGGUUAUUGACAGUUUUCAAGGAUGACUUCUUCUUUUUUUUUUUUUGUUAAUUUCCGUUUAGAAUUAAACCUUUAACUGAUCGAAGCUAGACGAAAAGCUCAAAAUAAGCCCAUUAAUACUCUUUGAGGCUUGGUCCACGCCGGGGAACUUUUAAGAAAUUUAUGAACUAUCGAUCGCGCGGCUACCGAUUCAACUGUAUGACCAUGCGAUUCUCUCCCUGCUCGUAAGGUGUCUUUUCAACAGUCGGGGAAAACAUUAACACAACUUUGUUCAUCAUUAUUUCCAUUCUUUUAGGUUAGGGUAGCAAACCAUUUGGCUUUUUAUAGGGUUAGAAGAGCUGCUAUAUGUCCUCUCUCCCCGGAAUGAAGAAAAUAAUAUGGCCGCCUAAUACAUCCUUUUAGUUUUUAAAGUUCUCCUUUAUUAACAACAAAGGUUGAACAUUUAUUUCGGCAAACAAACAGUUAAGUUGUAAAGAUAUUUUACAAAAGUCUCAAGAGUAGGUCUCCUGCUUCGAUUUUAACUUGCAAAAUCGGUCAAUUUACGCAGCUUUUAAACUUCUGGCUCAGUUUUCGUUUGGGUCGAUCCUGCUUUGAAAAUGGGAUAAUAAUUACUCAGAGACAAUACAGUGUAAAGAAUUGUUGAGAAAAACAGCAAAAACUUGCCAAUUUAUGAAAAAAAAAAGGUACUUUAAAAACGAACUAUACGAAUUUACAACGCUUUGAUCACGUGACUGAUGACGUCAUGUCCCUCUUUUGGUCAUGAAAAAAAUUAUCGGGUAGAACAUUACUUUCCCGCAGAUUUUUCCUGCCGUGUGAUAAAAGGUUGACUCUCUACAGCCCUCGUCCUAGUCUCCCAACGUUUUCUCUCAUGUUCAUUAUCCCCAUAAAUGCCGGACGUCAACUGGUUAUUUUUAGAUGCCCCACGCAAUUAAAACCUCAUAUAUGCUAUUUGUUUUUAACACGUUAAUGAAAUCUUGUCACAGCAACAAAAAAAUGGCCUGCGUUGCAGCCGGCCCGCCCAUCGUCUAAACCAGUUGUAUUGACCGUAUACGUAUACGAAUUAGUAUACGAAUUAGUGCACAAAAGGUCGUUCUAAUAUCCUGCAAAGUCGCAAGAAUGUAUGUGAGCUUUUCUGAUAGGCGGGUUUUUUACGCGUCUCACGAUUGGCCCAAUUCUAACGUUUGUGUGACGGUUGGGUGCAGACUAGUGACGAUAAACAAUGAAAGAGCAGUUCGAACUUGGAAGCCUUCUUCUGAACAAAAAAUAUGAUUUAAAAGAAUUCCUCCGAGGCCAAAAUGUGUUUGUAAAUUUGCCGACUGGUUUUCCAGUUUCUUCCAAUCGCUGCAGAUGCAUUGCCGCGUAUUCUCCAAUCUAGCCGACAGUUCUAGCGUCAAAACAAAUCAGGAAAUCAUAAUCAGCCAAAAAAAUACACACGCUGCACGUCGCUAUUCAGGUCCAGGCAUUUCAAACUAACAUCCUACGUUCUUCGGUAUAUUCGUUUGCGGUCCUUUGUAGUCCCUUGUGGUUAAUGUUUGUAUUUCAAACUAACCAGUUUCAUGGACUCAAAGCGGCAAAAAUAAGAUUUGCUCAGGCAAAGUUUAGAAUACUCCAUGCACUACAUAAUCUAGCUAUAAGAGAGAAAGCAGAAAAACCUCUGUUGUUCAAGCUGACUCUAAGGUCACGUUUCACACUAUCACGAGUUCAUUCUCUCUUGUCACGAGCUAUGAGUCGUGUUUGGCGUGUCAACACUUAAUUCAAAUCGAACUAAUCACAAACUGCAUAAGAAUCUAGCCAAUCAAUAAACGCCGACAUAUGUCCUAGCGACUCUGCGGGAUUAGAACACGAUAUUGUGCAUUAAUUCGCAGACGCUCUAUACAAAAAAGGUUUAGAGUGUCUGCGACGCAGGCUACAAAAAAAAACUUUAUUCGGAAAUAGUCAAAACUGACUGAUGAUGUCAUUACCUUAGAUGUGACAUGGGCAGAUAUUUUAUGGCAAAUUUUAUCUUGUUGUGGUCUGACAGCCUUCUACGUAUAAAAAUUACCUCAGAGGAUUCUGGGAGAUUUUUUAUGAUAAUUAUAAUUUACUUUUAUUAUAAUUAUUAUAAUUAUACCUGGAUUUUUGAAAACCGGGUUAGCAAAAAUAUCAAGUCAUUCUACUACUUGGUAAUUUAAAACAACAAAACUCAUUCAAAGGCCGAUUAAAAGCCUUUAUAUCACGCCGGACAGUGCGUUAAUGGUCCCUAGAAGCAUUCCAACGAGUCCAAAUUUAGAAUGACGCAAAUUUUAGAACAUUUAUUCAGUAAACUGACUUCGCGAAGUUUCAAACCGGUGUCAUUUCAGUCUAGAAAUUUUUAAGUUGAGUGAGCUGCAGCGAAAGAGUGCCUGGUUAAGGCUUACAUGACAACUUAAAUAGUUAGCAAAACACCACUUUUUGGGCGGUCCGAUAAACAACAGGAUUCCGCAUGGAAUAGACUACAAACUGAAUGAAACAUAGUGUACAAAUUAUCACCUUCUUAUCUGCAAAAACCGGCCUAUGGUGCAAUGCCAUUAGAGCCCGCUGAAACUAGACCUAGGUCCAAUUUUUCUGAGUCGAGAGUUACUUUUCCAAGGUACAAUCAGCUAAGCUAAACACCGACGAAACAAUAUUAAUGGCUGGCACAGAAUAUUUUGGCGAAACCGCAGUUCAACCACGCGAUCACAUACCUGUCAACACCAUGCGGAAAUCACACAAUCACACACUUUCGCGGCACUGAUAAGACUAUCCACAACCACGCAUAAUCUUCUCACGUUUAACAUAAGCGAAAUAUCAUCGAAUAACUCGGAAAAACUCAGCCUAUUGCCAGAUAAACACCUCUGGACCUUUCCCUUACACUCGUCUUAUUCAAGUUCCCGGAUGUAGAGUCACACGGUCGGCGGAUCACCUUAGCCUUCUUUUCACACCAGAAAAAUACUAAGUCUUGGCCCGGGUCAAAGUUCAGCUGCAAUUUUCCUCUCAACUAAUUCAUUUGACUCCUAAGAGCCUGUUCCCGAGGCCAAAGACUUAGUGGUCACCUUAGAAAAGCGAACAAUAUCGUACCUUUCUGUCUCAGCCCGGAUCAGGGAGAUUAAUCCGUUUAGCCAAAUGAAACGAGAAUAUAAUACGAUAUUGGACGAUGCAGACUCUGCGAAUCGUAAUAACUUUGUCCCAUCUCAGAGCUUUACAUGAUGCUCUCCGGGAAACUUUUCUCAAGGUGACCAAUAUAUAAAACUAAACUGCUAAACAGCACCGAAACCAGCCUUAAGCACCCGCUGAUUUCAAACUGAUAACUGUCACUUGUGUUAAAGAAAGAAUUGUGGGUAGGGAAAAAAAAAUGGGGGGGGUUAGAUAGUAAUUCUGUCUACAUCCACUUCUACACAAAUCUCUAACCACAAGACAAGCCAAAAAAACAAACGACAUAAGCAAACAACACAGUAAACAAGCUAUUAGACAGCGGACGUUGAAAAAAAUUACAAAAUGUUUGCUAACCCGGUUUUCAUAACUCCAGGUAGAAUUAUUAUUAUACUUAUACUGUCCUUGAAGAUGUGAUAAUAGUGGAGCUCCGCGUGCGAAGCGCGCCUGCGGAGCACCAUGGGUAAAUAAAUCUACCCAUCCCAGAAAAUUUGGUAAUCACGUGACCGACCGACCGACCGACCGACCGUCCGUCCGUCCGCACCACAGGCAUACCAAUGUUUACUCUCACACUUUCUUGUUACGUUGGAAGCCCAGGAGAAAGCUGACUGCACAUCAAUGUUGUCAUCAAUUGACAGCUGUCAAAACAGGGUAUCCGCUGACCAGUGUCACCUGACCGUAUCGCGGGCUCAGUUGUAGACCCAUCAAGGUCGAGUGUUUUUUUGAAGUUAUCCGCUGACAAUUUACUCGUUUUCAAAUGAUCGCAGGCUCACGUUUACUUUUUUUAAAUUCAUAUCAAAUAUGUUGUGUUUAUGUCAGUAUCGUCCCGCACUAUUACGAUUUUUGAUUUCAAACUGACCUGAGACGCAAAAAUUCAGCCAGUUUUUUUAAAAUACGGGUGCGGAAGACCUUUUCUUACCAUGGUCACGUGUUGAUCACGCUCCACGUCCAAUUUUUAUGCUCUGAUUGGUUAAAAUUUGACAGGUGAGUUUAUGCGUAAAAUUUAUGCAGCAUCUUGAAAGUUGUUUACUUUGACAGCUGAAGCUGACAGAGUUUGAGUCAGCUUGUGACGUUUUUAACUGUCUUUUUCCACUGGAUGUACAAAAUGAAAUACAGCUGCUAUCAAGAGUGUUCUCUUAUUCAUGGCUGGUUUGUUUAUUGGGUUUUUGGUUGAGAGAUGCGUCGCUUGUCAAAGCCGCUAAUCCGAUUUCGGAUGGCAUCGUUUUUGUUUUUCAACUUGCUGGAUGCGUACGAAAAUUAUAAAGGCUCAAGCGAUCCUUGCCUUACUUGAUAGCUUUCAGGAGCUGCAUCUCGAAUUAUGGUAAGCCUGAGUAAUUAUUGUAAUUAAAUAUAAUUUCAUGAAGUCCAGCGGCGCAGUUUAUGAAGCUAGUUUAUGCACGUUUGUAUUAUGAUUUGACUGAGACACUGAUCUGACCUAGAGUGAGGUUUGAUAUAAGCUUAAGCUUAUAGAACUUUAAAAAUGCCUUUAGUCGAUAUUAAUUCACCGUAAAUAGAAAGAAAAGACUUUCCGAAGAAAAUUUAGUUACAAUUUUGGCUGUAGAAAGAAAGCUUUGAGCGAUUUUCUGGUCUUGAGUUCAUCUUUGAAAACAGCAAACACGGGAAACAGGCGGCUUAAAACGUAAACUUAAUCUUUAAUCUUACUAGUAAAGACUUGAGGAUUCUUAGAGACACUUAAAUACUCAUUUGUUUUCGUGAAUGAAAAUUGUUCUCUCUGUAAAUGUUCUACCGAAUUAUAUUUCUUUAUUGAUUGUUGGUAGUCUCAAAAGUGUAAUUUCCAUCGCUUUGCCGUUUGUUUUCAGACGUUCAAAAACAUCGCUUGCAGGAGUACUCAAAAUGCCGAGCGUAUCAAACGCUUUUUAAGAUUACACAUCGUUAUAAAACCAUUAAUAAAAAAUAGACUCAAUAAAUUCUUUAUCACGCUGAAGCGUAACUCUUUUAAAGUUUCUUCGCAAAUUUGGCGCUUGUCAAAAGUUAGAACCGGCUGGCCGAAUAGAUGAUUUUGGAAAUUUUUUGAACGGUUUCGCUAAUUAAAAGUCCACGUUUGCUUCGAUGGUCCUGAAUAUUGAUUGAAUUCAAUUUGUCUUGAAAAAUUAUGAAAUACUGCAUUUUGUACGAGGUCUGUAUGAUAAAAACAGCACCUCAUAGUGCUCUUUCUCCUCAGAUGUGGUGUAUAAAAAAAAUAUAUAAAAGAUUGGUUUGCACGCACCCAGAUUUAUUGGCAAAAAUUUGUAAACUUGUCGAACGCAAAAAAUUCGACCUGAUUUGUUUCCCAAGAAUUUGUUUUCCACGCCUUAUCUACUGUGAUCAAGAGCCAUUAUUGCUCUUAAAUGUGACCGAAGACUAUUUUUUGGGUGUACUUAUAAGGCUAUAUCAACUCGAUACAAGAUUUGUUUCACUCCAAAAUCACUGAGCUUUUCCCUCAAAAGUCACAUGAAUGUGCCCUUAAGUUAACUGAUUUGUGGAAUACAAAAUUAUUGUUUGAUUUAAGCUAUAAAUUUAUCAAUGGCAGCUUCGCUUUUAGCCGUGGCUAAAUCUAUAUAUAUAUUAGUCAAGAGAAUUUGCUAUAAUCCUCUGUCUAGCCAUAGCCUUUUGUGACGCUUUUCGUUCUCUUCUAACCAAGGGGCACCUUACUUUCAGUAACAAAAUGAAAUUAACUGUCCCCAGCCCAGUAGUUCCAGAACGGUCUAUUGAGCACACGCAAAAGUAACUAACACGUGAACCAAGACCGCUUGGCUGCUUGCACACAGCCAUAUAACCCCGGCAGUAUCAGCCAUGGACCAAGCUUUAUUGACCAAGCAUGAGGCAUGAGGGGUUAAGGAUUGGCCAAGUCCUUUUUUUUUGCGUUUUAAUAGAUCGAGACGAAGUCGAGAUCAAUAAAAACGCAAAACAAACAAGGUCAAUAUCCAUUUAUCUUGACCGAACAAACUUGCUCAAUAAAGGAUUUACAGUAUAAGGCCAAAAAGAUAGAUAGGGCUCUCCACCCCAGGGGGGCGUCAGCUUUACAAAUUUAAUUGUAACUACUUUCUAAUUUUUUCCACUUGGCAGGUUAGGCGAAAAUGAUGUAACAGAAGAAUGACAGCGAGAGAUUACUGGAACAGUUAGAUGCGUUAAGAAAUUAUAAAACAUUUAGCGAUGAACUCGAGCCUUCAAUUUCAGGAUAAAUUUCCUCCGACUUGUACCAUCUACAAGAAGAUCGGUGGCAAACCAGAAGAUUAUUCCGAUUUAGCCUACGCUAUUUUUACUGUGAUGAUAAUAAUCAAUGUCGCAACGUUUCCUUUUACCAUUGUGUUGAAUCUGUUGGUGAUGAUCGCUGUCAAAACCAGGGUGAGGCUACAAAGCAUGUCAAACAUCCUAUUGGCUUGCCUGGCAUCUACUGAUGUUAUGGUCGGUUUAGUUGUCCAGCCUCUCCGUGUUGCUCUUUUUAUAAUUCUCCUAAAAGACGAGACCACAAGCGGUGGUUGCUUAGUACAUGUCUUGGCAGCAGUUUUCUCGUUUAUCUUGUGCCUUGUUUCAGUUGAGCAUCUAUUACUAAUAACUAUAGAUCGAUACUUCGCCAUUAUGCGUCCCUAUAGUUACGAUCGAACUGUCACCAGAGCUCGCGUGAUAAGUGGUUCUUGUCUUUCAUGGAUUUUAACUGCGGCUAAACAAAUUUUAUGGUUUCUUAACCGAGACCUCUUUACAAUUGUCAAUAGCGUUAUCUUACUUUUACUUCUGGUGGGCAUUGUUGUCUGUAAUGUGAUACUGUACUUUGAGGUUCGACGACAUGAAAAGCAAAUAGCAGACCAGCAAGUUUCACUGGAGGCAAGAGAAAACUUUUUAAAGCAAAGGCGAGCUUUUAAACUGACAAUGAGUGUUGUUGCACUGUUAUUUAUAAGUUAUUUGCCCAUUUUUAUUUUCAGAGCAGUUAGAGAGCCCAUAAAAAACAACAUUUCUUUGGGUACAUUUUGUGCUCUUUCUCUUAUCCCUGGUUCCUUGGCAGCUUUAAACUCUCUUAUGAAUCCCUUCAUUUAUUGUAUUAGAUCAAGGCAGUUUCGUGUAGCAUUUAUUGAACUGAUGAUAGGUAAAAGCUACAGCGAAGCUAAAGAAUUCGAAAAGAAAUUUUUU